ACACCACCUCCUCCUGCAGUCCUGCUCUCUAAUCCUCAGCUAACCUACCUACUAACAUACUAAAUAAUAAAUACAAAAAACUAUUACUCUAUAUCACAGGUCUUUCUUCUUUCUCCCUUUGUAUAUCACUUCACUUCACUCAAGAUUUUAAAAAUAGAAUAAAUAAAAAUUAGAAAGAAAAAAUAAAGAAAGAUGAACAUAAGGAUUCAAGCUCCAUGCCCUCCUUCUUGUGUAAAAUUAUAUCCCAAAACUACGCCUUCUUCUUCUUCUUCUCUAAUAUCGCAACGACUAGUAUGCUCUAGUGAAGUGGUAUCCCAUCUUGUGCUGCAAAAGGAUGUUUCUUCUUCGGAUGUUGGCAUUGCACAUAAAAAUACUUUUGGGCGGUCUCAAAAGCAAUCUUUGCUGUCGAAACAACCUCUCAACAAAGACUUGAAGGCAUCAGUAACAUCUAAUCCGCAAGACACUUCUGCUUCUGUUGUCAAUGAUGGAAAGAUAGGGGUGUUGUUGCUCAACCUUGGAGGUCCAGAGACUCUUGAUGAUGUGCAACCAUUUUUAUUCAAUCUUUUUGCAGACCCGGAUAUUAUUCGACUUCCAAGAUUGUUCCGUUUUCUUCAAAAGCCUUUGGCACAAUUUAUAUCUGUUGCAAGAGCACCUAAGAGCAAGGAAGGGUAUGCUUCGAUUGGUGGCGGGUCUCCCCUUCGCAAGAUAACAGAUGCCCAGGCUAAUGAGUUGAGGAAGGCGCUUUAUGAGAAGAAUGUCGCAGCGGAGGUAUACGUGGGCAUGCGUUACUGGCAUCCAUUUACCGAGGAAGCAAUUGAGCAGAUAAAGAAAGAUGGGGUCAACAAGCUGGUUGUGCUUCCUCUCUAUCCUCAAUUCUCAAUAUCUACUAGUGGUUCGAGCCUUAGACUUCUUGAAAAUAUCUUUAGGGAGGACGAAUACCUUGUUAAUAUGCAACACACGGUAAUACCGUCUUGGUACCAACGUGAGGGAUAUAUUAAAGCCAUGGCUGAUUUAAUUGAAAAGGAGCUGAUAAAAUUUGACCGUCCCGGGCAGGUGAUGAUUUUCUUUAGUGCUCAUGGGGUUCCACUUGCAUAUGUUGAAGAAGCCGGUGAUCCAUACAAGGCCGAGAUGGAAGAAUGUGUAGAUUUGAUUAUGGAUGAAUUAGAGAAAAGAAAGAUAAACAAUCCGUACACUCUAGCGUACCAGAGUAGAGUUGGCCCUGUGGAAUGGUUGAAACCGUACACUGACACAACAAUCAUUGAACUUGGGGAGAAAGGCGUCAAAAGUCUUCUAGCCGUACCCAUUAGUUUUGUGAGUGAACACAUCGAAACAUUGGAGGAAAUCGAUGUUGAGUACAAGGAGUUGGCAUUAAAAUCUGGUAUAGAGAAAUGGGGUCGUGUUCCUGCACUGGGGUGCAAUUCGACUUUCAUCCUAGAUUUAGCUGAUGCAGUGAUUGAAAGCCUCCCAUAUGUAGGAGCAAUGGCAGUAUCAAAUAUUGAAGCUCGACAGUCUUUGGUUCCACUUGGAAGCGUAGAAGAGCUAUUGGCAACGUAUGAUUCACAACGUAGGGAGUUGCCCGCUCCAGUGACAGUUUGGGAGUGGGGUUUUACAAAGAGUGCAGAAACAUGGAAUGGCAGAGCAGCUAUGUUGGCUGUUAUUGUUUUGUUAUUCUUGGAAGUGAGUACUGGCGAAGGGUUCCUUCAUCAAUGGGGUGUUUUACCAUUACAGCUGCCAUUGUUUCCUUGAUAAAAUGCAUAUUCUUGAGGUGAAAUGAUGGUCUUGUAGGGAAUUGGUCGUUCUAUAUGCUCCGAAUCAUAUGCAAUAGGCGACUAAUGGGCCAGCCGUAAGCUAGUUCUACAUAUCCAGCUGUUGAUUGUAAUUAUUGAAUAAACUCCAUCAUCCCGUCACGCAUUUUGGCAUGUCUACUAUCACCAGUGGCUUCCGGUCCAACUGAGAUUUUGCAAAUAUAUGUAUACUAAUAGCACCAUAAUUUGUUAUGAUGUUUCGAUAA